AUGAAGUGCGACGCUGUGAUCGAGAAAAUUAAGGCCCGUGUGGCAGGCAUCGACCCGAAUGGUCCCCGCAAGGUUCUUGGAGUGUUCCAGCUGAACAUUGAGGCCGCCGAUGGUGUCCACGAAAUUAUCGUUGAUCUGAAGGCACUGAAGGUGUCCGAUGGCAAGGCUGGCUCGCCGGAUGUGGUCAUCAACCUGAAGGACGAGGACUUCAUCUCCAUCGGCACGAAGCAGGUUCCGGUGAAGGAUGCCGUCGCUCAGGGCAAGGUGUCGAUGACGGGCGAUCAGAACCUUUUCCAGGCCCUGGUUGACGCGAUCUAA